AUGGCGUCCUUGUGGCUAGCCAAACUGAAGCUGCCCGUAUUGUUAAUGGUGAUUCAGAUCACGUUCUUCGCCCUUUUCGGUUUAUUUGUUGAUUAUGACAGUGAAGCUAGACCUAGACAAUAUGGUCUAUCUGAAAGUAAUAACAACAGCGCUGUGUUUCAAGACGUGCAUGUGAUGAUCUUCGUCGGUUUUGGUUUCCUGAUGAUGUUCCUGCGGCGCUACGGAUUCAGCAGUAUGGGUUUGAACCUGCUGCUUGCAGCCAUCACCAUCCAGUGGUCGACGCUAGUGGGUGGCUUCUUACAUCACGGCGGGGAUAAGUUCACAGUAAGCAUUGUGAGUAUGGUCACUUCAGAUUUUGCUGCUGCAACUGUCCUGAUCUCCUUUGGGGCUUUGCUGGGGAAAACAAGCCCCCUUCAGCUUCUGGUCAUGGCUUUGAUUGAGGUCAUCGUGUAUGCAGUGAAUGAAUACAUUGGAAUAGUUCUGCUACAGGUUUCAGACAUCGGAGGCUCCAUGUUCAUCCAUGCUUUUGGUGCCUACUUUGGACUAUCAGUUGCUCGUGUCCUGUACAGCCCAGAAGUGGAGAAGUCUACCAAGGAAGAAUCAGUGUACCAUUCUGACAUGUUUGCGCUUGUUGGCACUAUAUUCCUGUGGAUGUUCUGGCCAAGUUUCAACAGUGCAUUAGCCAUGGAAGACGCGCAACACCGGGCUGUACUCAACACCUACUUCGCGUUAGUCGCCUGCUGUGUUGUGACCUUUGCUACUUCCAGUUUGGUCAACAAGAAUGGCAAGUUUGAUAUGGUUCAUAUCCAGAACGCCACUCUUGCAGGGGGCGUGGCUAUUGGAACCAGCGCAGACAUGAUCAUCAUGCCGUAUGGAGCUCUUAUCAUUGGUUCGGUAGCCGGCUUUUUAUCUGUGAUUGGUUACAAAUACGUCACCGUAAGUCUGGCUAUCUACCAAUAA